CACCUUCGGUCCUUCCCUUCUCUCCUUCUCUUUGCCUCCCCCUUCCUCUCUCUCUCUCUCUCCUACUUCGCUCUCAUUCAGACAACUCGUUCCUCAGAAAGGUAGAUGGACGAAGGAUCAACCGGAGCCUUGGUUCCGGCGGUGAAGACGGAGCCUCUGUCUUCGACGAUUUCAGCGCCGUCAAUUCCCGAUUGCUCACUCGCGGAGCUCGACACUGUCGGCGAAGCUUCAGCUCAGUUGGAUAAGGACUUCCUCUGCCCGAUUUGCAUGCAGAUCAUUAGGGAUGCGUUCCUCACUGCCUGCGGCCACAGUUUCUGCUAUAUGUGCAUCAUCACUCAUCUCCGCAACAAGAGCGAUUGCCCUUGCUGUGCUCAACAUCUCACCUCCGUCCAGCUGUUUCCUAACUUCUUGCUUGACAAGCUACUGAAGAAGACGUCUGCUCAUCAAAUAGCAAAAACUGCAACCCCCAUUGAACUUUUUCGCCGUGCUUUACAAGAGGGCUGUGAUGUAUCAAUUAAGGAGUUGGAUUCCCUCUUGUCAAUGCUUUCUGAGAAGAAGAGAAAGAUGGAACAAGAAGAAUCUGAUAGAAAUAUGAAUAUAUUAACAGAUUUCUUACAUAUCCUGAGGAAGCAAAAAGUUAGCGAGCUCAAUGAGGUGCAAACUGAUCUUCAGUUUAUUAAGGCGGACAUAAGUGCAGUGGAGAGACAUAGGAUGGAACUUUAUUGUGCAAGGGACAGGUAUUCUAUGAAGCUACAUAUGGCUGGAGAUGAUAUGAAAGCUAGAGAACCUUGGUCGUCAUUAACAGAUAAGAGAAAUGAUGGGCCUACCUCUACUUCUUUGAACACCUGGGGUGUUGUAUCUGCUGGAAAUUUUCAAAAUAAGAAAGCAGAUUCAAGGAGUCAAGUCAGCACUUAUGGACUCUACAGAAAGGAUGCAUUAAAUAGGCCAGAACCACAAGCGAAUCAUACUGGUCUUUCUGUUGCAAGGAAAAAACGGGUCCAUGCUCAGUUCAAUGACCUACAAGAAUGUUAUCUGCAAAAGCGACGUCAGCUGCCAAAUCAACUGCUAGACCAGCAGGAAAAGGAUAAAAAUGUUAUACACAGAGAAGGAUAUACUGCAGGCCUUUCAGAUUUUCAAUCAGUAUUGACUACCUUCACGCGAUACAGUCGCUUGAGAGUCAUUGCUGAACUUAGACAUGGAGAUAUAUUUCACUCCACCAACAUAGUAUCAAGCAUUGAAUUUGACCGAGAUGAUGAAUUAUUCGCUACUGCUGGAGUUUCUCGAUGCAUAAAAGUGUUCGACUUCUCUUCGGUUGUAAAUGAAUCUACUGAUGUCCACUGUCCUAUAGUGGAAAUGUCAACACGUGCAAAACUAAGUUGUUUGAGUUGGAACAAACUAUCAAAAAACAUUAUAGCUAGCAGCGACUACGAGGGUGUGGUAACAGUUUGGGAUGUAAAUAGAGGGCAGAGUGUGUUGGAGUAUGAAGAGCAUGAAAAACGUGCUUGGAGUGUUGAUUUUUCAUGUACCGAACCGUCAAGGUUGGUGUCUGGUAGUGAUGAUUGCAAGGUCAAAGUUUGGUGCAUGAAGCAGGAGAACAGUGUCCUUGAUAUCGACAUGAAGGCCAAUAUCUGUUGUGUCAAAUUCAAUCCUGGAUCCAGCAAUCACAUUGCAGUUGGUUCAGCAGAUCAUAAUAUUCAUUAUUAUGACCUAAGAAAAAUCAGCCAUCCACUUCACGUCUUCACUGGUCACAAGAAAGCUGUCUCAUAUGUAAAAUUUUUAUCGAACAGUGAGCUAGCCUCUGCAUCUACAGACAGCACCUUACGAUUGUGGGAUGUAAAGGAAAAUCUGCCAGUUCGUACCUUUAGAGGUCAUACAAAUGAGAAAAACUUUGUUGGUCUCACAGUAAAUAGAGAAUACAUUGCUUGUGGUAGUGAAACAAAUGAAAUCUUUGUUUACCACAAGGAAAUAUCCAGACCUCUGACAUGGCAUAGAUUUGGCUCACCAGAUGCAGCCGAUGUGGAGGAUGAUGUGGGAUCUUAUUUCAUCAGUGCUGUUUGCUGGAAGAGUAACAGUCCUACUAUCCUCACUGCUAACAGCCAGGGAACAAUUAAGGUGCUGGUUCUUGCGGUUUAAGAAGUUCAUUUGACCAUUUAGGAAUAGAAAUUCUAUAGAGAUGCACGUUUAGCUCAAUUGUAUGUAAUGUUCACAAUAGUCCACGUGUUAGGAAAAUACAACACAGAUGGGUCUUUUUGAGUUAAGGUUACGUGUACCCAUCUAAAACCUGGGUGGGGUAUUUUAUCCCUAGCCUUUGGUGACCAUCUAUUCCUCUAUCCAUACCCUAUUUGUGAUAGUCAAUAUUUCCUCGAACCAAUCAUUGCUCUGGAAGCCUGUGUUCUUUAAAAUGGUUACAAUGAACUUUAGGAUGCCCUUGUACCCUGGAACAAGCUUUGAAAUAGCAUCUUCACUUGCAAAUGAGUCUGACUUUGAAGUGAACGACAAUGGAGAACAUGGGGGGUAGUGUCUAGAGAGUGAGCCAUUUGGUGGCAUUGAGCCGUGAGACAGUGAGAGAAAGGACUGACUAACGCAUCAGUCAAGUAUUUGAUGUCAAUCUUAUUAGACGGAGACUUCCAAACUUUAGAGCAUAUUUCACUCCAAAAUAUGGGAGUUUCUUGAUCCUUUUUCUGUUUAGAAUGUUCUUGAUAAUUACCAAUAAACCACAAAGUAAUCUCCAAAACAAAAACUAUCUUGUGGGUGACAGUUUCUUUUUGGACGGGGUCAGCAACACAGUAAAAUCCUGUACAUUCGGAUUCUGCAAUUUAAUGUCGAAAUCAUCAUCCCAUUUGUCAACCUUGCCCUCCCUUUGCGCUUGUAAUCCUCCUUGAUUUAGGCUUUAAAAACAAAAUUAGGAAUAGAAUGUUUGGAUGAUUCGUGAGAAGCGGCAGCUAAGAUACGUCAUAGCCUGCUUUUGACUAGAAGCAAUAAAGAGUUGUUGGAUGACCCAUUCCUAUAUCCUUUUGGUUAUUUUGGUCUAAAGUUGAGGACCAUAAAUAUUGAAUAUCCCUAUAGUACCAAAAACUGUGGUUUGAAGGCGACCUUUAUUAUGAACUUUUUUUUUUUUUUUUUUAACCUUCAGCCAUGAUUUGAGUACUGCCUUCUGCUGCUUUACUUGACCUAUUCAUUUCAAUAAUUGAUGUUUGCUUUAA